GAUUUAUUAAAAUAUUUAUAGUUAAAUUAAUUUUACGAAACCAACUACAAGUGAAGUUAAGCCAUUUAUUCCAAAAUAACAAUGGACAAAUUACAUUAAUUACGAAUACUAUUUUAUACGAUUAAAAAUUCAUAAAAUGUCGAUAAAUUUAUUUAUUUUCUAAAAUUUUUAAUUAUUUUCUUUCAAAUUGGCUUUUUAUCUUAUACAUUGCAAUGCCUUUCAGAUAAUGCCUUUAUAACUAGUUUGCACGUGUAGACUACCUUUCGUUAUACGUCAAGUUCAAAAUCUACUUCAAAGUUAAUUAGUUUUCGGUUUUUAUUUAAAAUAACGCAAAAUGUCAACUAUUGUGGAAAAAAUUGCGGCUAUUGAAGCUGAGGAUGAAUCAAAAGUAUUAGACCUUCUUCUUAAGAGGAGCGGUUUUGAUGAAGAAAAUCUACCUACUUCUACAUCAACUCAGCAAGUUCAAGUUGAGAAGACAGUGUUAGAAGCAUACAAACAAUAUGAUAAGAUUCGACAGUUAUGGGUAGACCCUAGUUUUCCUGAGUUAAGAAGAGAGCUUACUGAAGAUUAUUUACUACAAGUUCUCACCGGCUUAUCUCCAUAUGAAGCUCAUGAUUGCAAUAGAACAUGGCUCUGCUAUUGGAUUGUCCAUUCCCUUAGUCUUUUGAAUCAUGAACUUGACGAGUUUACUAAAAGCCAUGUAGUGAAGUUUUUAAGUCUUUGUCAGAAUAAAACAGGUGGUUAUGGUGGAGGACCUGGUCAUUUUUCUCAUUUAGCUCCUACCUAUGCAGCUGUCAAUACGUUAGUCAUUAUUGGAACUGAAGAAGCAUAUGAAUCAAUUAAUAGAGAAACAUUACUUCAAUUUUUAAAAUCUUUGAGAGUUAGUGAUGGGUCUUUUUAUAUGCAUAUCGGAGGAGAAAUUGAUAUGCGAAGUGUUUAUUGUGCCAUAUCAGUUGCUAAAUUAACUAAUCUGUUUAGUGAUGAACUAUUUCAUGGUAGUGCUGAGUGGAUAAUUAGAUGUCAAACAUAUGAAGGUGGUUUUGCUGGUACUCCAGGAAUGGAAGCUCAUGGUGGUUAUACAUUUUGUGGCUUGUCUGCUCUUUACCUUCUUAAUAAUCAGGAUAUGUGUGACAUGAAAGCCCUCUUGAGGUGGAUUACUAAUAGGCAAAUGAGCUACGAGGGUGGAUUUCAGGGUCGCACGAACAAACUGGUUGAUAGCUGUUACUCCUUCUGGCAAGCUGGUGCUAUCACAAUUAUUAAUAUGAAUUUAUUGGCCCAGGAAAAUGAAAGAAAAUAUUUAGCUACAGAUAGAUGGCUUUUUGAUUGCAGUCUCCUCCAAGAAUAUGUCUUAAUUUGCUGUCAACAUUCUAAAGGUGGUCUUGUCGACAAGCCCCAGAAGAGACGGGAUACAUAUCACACCUGUUAUGCUCUAAGUGGGUUGUCAAUUGCCCAGAAUCUACCUAAUGGAGAACAGUACAGUAUUGGUACUGAUGAUAAUAUUCUAGAACCAGUUCAUCCAGCAUAUAACAUAAGUAUGGCACGAACACAGAAGAACAAGGCAACAGCUGGACAUUUAGGUUUACUGAAGGCAAGAUUGGCUAAACUGAGAAGAGAAUUAAUAACUCCUAAAGGAGGUGGUGGUGGACCAGGUGAAGGAUUUGACGUUGCCAAAACAGGAGAUGCCCGAAUCGGUUUUGUUGGUUUUCCAUCUGUUGGUAAAUCAACCCUGUUGACUACUUUGGCUGGUGUUUAUUCUGAAGUUGCUUCAUAUGAGUUCACUACCCUUACUACUGUGCCUGGUUGUAUUAAGUAUAAAGGAGCCAAAAUUCAGGUGACUCAAUCAGAACUUGAUCUCGACACUGUGAAGAGUAUAUUAGCUGAAUAUAGGAUACAUAAUGCUGACAUCACGUUAAGGUACGAUGCAACCACCGAUGAUUUAAUUGACGUCAUUGAGGGGAACAGGAUUUAUGUUCCUUGCAUCUACCUGUUAAAUAAAAUUGAUCAGAUUAGUAUAGAAGAAUUGGAUAUUAUUUAUAAAAUACCGCAUUGCGUCCCAAUUUCUGCUCACCACAAAUGGAAUUUUGAUGAUUUACUAGAAAGAAUGUGGGAAUAUUUAAAGCUUACUAGAAUUUACACAAAACCUAAAGGUCAGCUACCUGAUUAUAACUCGCCAGUUGUUUUACAUUCUGAAAGAAGGACUGUAGAAGAUUUCUGUAAUAAAUUGCACAGGUCGAUCGCUAAGGAAUUCAAAUAUGCUUUGGUAUGGGGCUCAUCUGUGAAACACCAACCCCAAAAAGUUGGGAAAGACCAUGUACUGAAUGAUGAAGAUGUUGUGCAGAUUGUGAAGAAAGUUUAAAAAGAGAAAAUAUCAAUGGAUUUUAUCAUUGAUUUCCUAAUAAAAACCGAGGAACUAUUUCCAAGUAAAGGAAAUUAUGAUUCUAGGAGAUGAAAACAUUUUGAAUCAGAAGAGAAUGACUUAUGUUUUAAAAACCUCAGCAAAAUAACUUUUUUUCUUCUUUAUUUUUUUAUCACUUGAUAAAUCAUGAUUUUGUGUUGAAUAAAUUAUAUCCAAUAAUAAUUACACACUUGUUUGAAGGUUUUCGUUUAUUAAUUUUUUAAAUAAUAUUUUUAGUUUGUUAAAAUAUUGUAUAGUAACUGGUUGUAUCAGAUGAAAUGUCAAUGGUUUUUUAUAAUGUUAACAAUUCACAUAUAUGAAUUUAAAAAUUUUUUAUAUUGCUUUUUUUAAAAACUCAGAAAAAUGAUUUCAUUGUAGAUCAUAUUCUUUGCAUGAAUUUAAAUAUUUGGCACAAAAGGAUUUAAUCCAAUGCCUUAUUCAAUGACCAUUCAAUAACUUUUCUGAUGUGUAUUGAAGAAAUCUAAUUUUACUUCUUGAUGGAUUAUAUGAUUUAUUUCUAAAAGGAUAUUCAUUGGUCCUAAUUAGCAUUUCUUAAUAAAUGCUUAUUUUUAAUUAUAUGUUCUACUCUAAUUACUAAUUUGUGUAUUCGGACAUUUCAUGUGAUUGAACCAAAUACUCAUCUAUUCAAAGUAAUUGUUUUAAUAUUAUAAAAAGAGGUAUAUAUAUGUACUAAAUUUUCAGAGUAUAUAUUUUUAUAUUUUUGUUUUGUCAUAUAAUUCUUUUACUGCUCCAUUGGAAUCUGAUGUGUUACUUAAUAUUAUAUUUUCUUCUGAAGUAAAUUUAAUUUAAAUUAAAAAAACAAUUACAGUUUGGUCCAUCUUAAAAAAAAACUUUAUAUAAUAUAUAAUUUAUAUUGUAAAUUAUUUACAUUGUUAAUACUGUUUGGAAAAUUGUUCUAAUUAUCAUCAACAAUAAAUAUUUAUAGAUCUAAAUGAAUAUUUCUUUUUCAUGUUCUUACUGAAUGAAAUAUUUUUAUUUAUUUUUGUAAAUAAAUCUUGUUCUGAUUUAAAA